AUGCCUGUGACACUCGUAGACAGGUUGCCCUUGCCAAAUCUCAAGGUUUAUUCGGCGGGAAGUGUUUUACUGCUAUCGGUGGCUGUAUAUUAUGCGGUUAACGUCACUAGUGAUCCUAACUGGAGAGCGAAUGCAACCCUGCAGCGGCAGGAGGCGGCGGAAACUGUUGAGAGUGAUGUUAUGAAGAUGAUGGAAGCGGUGCCAGCUGCCCUAGAAUCCAACUCGACGAGGAACAUCACCGAACAUGUCGUGGAAGUGAUGACAUUCAUGAUGCAAGAACCACUGUGUAUGUGGACCCUGAUCAACAUGGCGUACUGCACGCUGGCGCUGGUGGGGUACGCGGUGCAGCGCGCGGUGUUCGGGCGGCUGCGCGUGUCGGAGGCGCAGCGCGUCAAGGACAAGUUCUGGAACUACGUGUUCUACAAGUUCAUUUUCGUGUUCGGCGUGCUCAACGUGCAGUACAUGGACGAGGUGCUCAUGUGGUGCAGCUGGUUCACGCUCGUCGGCUCGCUGCUGCUGCUCACGCAGCUGUGCAAGGACCGCUUCGAAUAUCUGUCGUCGUCGCCGAACGUGUCGCGCUGGGCGCACGGGCGCCUGCUGGCGCUGCUGGCGGGCAUCCUGCUGGCGGGCGGCGCGCUGCUCGCCGCCGCCGUGCGCUGGGGGCUGCCCGCCGGCCGCGACACCUUCGCCUUCAUGGCGGCCGAGUGCGCGCUGGCGUGCGUGUCGUGCGUGCACGUGGUGGCGCGCUUCGUGCUGCGCGCGCGCGACGCCGACGCGGCCGCGCCCGCCGCCUACUACACGCACCUGCUGUUCGACUCGCUGUCGCUGGUGCUGGAGACGGCGCACGUGGGGCACAUGGUGGUGCACAGCAACGCGAUGGUGUCGAUGGCGUCGCUCGUGCUGCUCAUGCAGCUGCGGCACCUGCUGCACGCGCUGCUCGCGCGCCUGCGCCGCCACCGCCUCUACACCGCGCUCGCCGACCACAUGAGCCGCAACUACCCGAUGGCGAGCCCGGAGGAGGUGGCGAAGAACCAGGACAACUGCGCCAUCUGCUGGGAGCCCAUGAAGGAGGCGCGCAAGCUGCCCUGCGCGCAUCUCUUUCACAACUCGUGCCUGUGCCGCUGGGUGCAGCAGGACGCGUCGUGCCCGACGUGCCGGCGCGCGCUCUCCGCGCAGCCCGCGCGCGCGCCGCUCAGCCCGCUCGCGCCGCUCACGCCGCUCAACCCGCUCAACCCGCUCAACCCGCUCAACCCGCUCACGCAGAUCGGCAACGACGCCAACAACGCGAACCACCUGUUUCACUUCGACGGUUCCCGCUACGUGUCGUGGCUGCCGAGUUUCUCAGUGGAGGUGACGCGCGUGCGCGCCGACCUGCCGCCCGCGACCCCCGCGACCCCCACGACUCCCACAACCCCCGCAAGCCCCGCGGCCCCCGCCGCUACCAGCCCGACCCCGGCGCCCCCCAGCCCCGAGCCCGCGGGUGCGGCUGAGAGCGCCACCCCACACUUGGACGCUAUGCUUGCUCAGGUGUCGGCCGUGUUCCCGCAGGUGGGCGCGGCGCGGCUGCGCGCCGACCUGCUGCGCACGCGCUCGCCGCACCUCACCAUCGAGAACAUCCUCGACGGCCGCCUCGCCCCCGCCCCCGCAGUGAACGAGACGGCGACGGACAACGAGAGUGAGACGGAAGCGAGCCCCUCCGUCUCGUCCACCGACUCGACGCUCGGCAGCGGCGCUCACGAUGGCGCGACACUCCAAGAGCCCAUCCAAGUGGAGUUCUCCCAGAGCGCGUCGGAGCGCGAGGUCCUGCUGCGCAAGCGCAAGCAGCAGCUCAUCGCGGCCGCCCGCCAGAAGUACCUCGAGAAGAUAUCGCGGGACGCGCCCAGCGACCACACGCACCCGAGCCACGGCCACGGCCACGGCCACGGUCACGGUCCCGGGCCCGGGCGGGCGGACGAGUGGCCGCGCAGCUGAGUGUUCCGGCACAUAAUGACGCGCGUCGCCAGCACGGCGCUCGAGCGGCGCGCGCGCAGCCCCCGCGCCGCGCCCGCGCACCCCGCGCGGGACUGAAGCCAAGUGCGAGUGUACGGUUUGACAGUGACAGUGACAGUGACAGUGACAGGUGUCAACGUUCACGCGGAGGGACAAUUGGCGUAUUCGAUUCUUUCCCUUCGCUCUAAUAAAGGUUAGAUUCGGAUACAAAACGUGUGAAGUAGACUUAGUGUCCCCUGUAAUAACCGCAUCCUUUAAAAAACUGAGGUAGAUGGGAAAAACCACAAGUCAAGUAGUGAUGUCGUUGUUGAAUCAGAUAUAUGUGGGGCCGUCCAAGAAGUAUGGAGAGGAGUGAUAACUCAAAACAAAAUUUGUAAAUACACAAUAACCAUUUAAACGUUUUAAAUAUAUGGUAAAUAUCUUAAUUUAAAAUUACCAUAAAUAUUUUCGUGUACUUGUGUGCGAAAAAAAAAAAUCUACAUUUUGAUCCAUACACUUUUUAGUCAUUUACGAGUAAUUAUUUUUAAUCGUCCUACAGUUUAAAUUAUCAACAAAAGUAUGCCUUUAAUAAUAUGGUAAUAUGAUCUCAGACGCAUUAGUUUGUAAAUAUUAUCUACACACGGUAGAUAUUUAAAAUAUCAGGAUACUAAAUUAUUUAAUUAUACCAGAAUGUAACUCUUGUAAACGUAACUUGUGUAUCAUAAAUUUGUAAUUUAUCUUACACAGCUACACUAUUAUACACACACUAAGCUAACAUUUAUAUCAGUAUAUACUAUAUAGGUAUACUGUCAGUAGGUAAUGAUUACUUUCUAUAUUUUUUUAUUUAAAGAACACUUAAAAGGCAAAAUUUAAAGACAACGAUAGUCUUUCUCCGCACAAAUAAUAGGUUUUUGGCACUUUUUUUUCACCUAUAAAUAUAAUUGAGUAAUUAUAAUAUUAACCGAUACAAUGUAUAAUAGUUAUUACAUAUAUAUUAUUUAAUCAUCAUUUGACGAGUUUGUCUGUCUGUACGGCGGUUAUACAUAUACGCGUUAAUGAAGUAUAUAUUUACAUGUGUGUUUUAAAUAAUUAUAUAUUCAGUCGUACCGUAAUGUUCGUAAUAAAUUUACCCUAUUGGUAAUUAUAAAUAGGGCGUAUAUAUAUAUAUAUAUAAAGUAUCUUGCCGCCUGUGUGUCUCUGGAUGUGAGAACUACGUAAUAUAAAUUUGUGUGUACCUUAAGUAGUUUCGAGGCUGAUUGUAUUUGUAUAGUUACAAGUACCCGAGACGCAGGGGCUUUAAACUCGGUGCGAGCUUAAAUGGUUUGGCGUUUGGAGUGUCUGCGUGUUUGGUACGAAUAUUCUUAGUACUCUUAUCCUAGUUGUACGGUUACAUUUAUAAAUAUCGCUAGCUACGUCGGAUUUUUACAAAUAAUUGAAGUAUGAUAAUCACCACCAGUGAUUGCAGAUAUUUGUGACAUUCGGGAAUGUUAGUGUGUGUGAUCUCCCGAUAUUAUAAAACUACAAAUUCUUUCAAUUUUUUUGUUUAUAGCAAUACAGAUUUAAGCCGAUAUUAAUGAGAUGAAAUUGAAUAAGAUUAUAUUUUGCCAAUAUAAUCCUAGUAAGACUUGAAUCUCCUAUAAUACAAGUAUAGACUUGAAUAUCAAUUGUAUUGCUCCAUUGUGAUUUUUAGAUGAUUGUAAUAUGAUAAUUGUCAACCUUUUUUUCACCCACAUUUAUGAUAUCCCAUAUUUCAAAGUUUGUUCCUUUAUUUUAUAUAAGUAUUUUUCGAUUCUGUAUCAGUAUAAUUACUAAAACAUACCGUAAUGCUGUAUUGAUACUGAUUGAUUAUACUAUGUGACACUGGAUAAUUUUGAUUUUAUUUUUUGAUUAAUUCAUGUCUAUGGUUGCUUUAUGCUUUAAAUUUUCAGACAAUGUUUCUACGAAACUGUUAAUAUCUCGGCGUUAUUCUAUUUACCACUUGUAUGAAAACGUUCGAUUACUGUUAUGUCAAAUAAUACACAAAAACUCGGAGAUCGAGGAUGUGAAGAAGCGUGGUCAUUAGUGAUAGCUAUGUAGAUAUAUCGAUGUAAACUUCAGAGUAUUUUUAUAUGUGUAGCUAUUGUGAGAAUGAGUCAUCCACAGGUCAGUGUUUUGGCCCUAUAUCUUUUCAUCAUAUUUUUAAUAAGUGUGUAGGCAACAUUAAAUUUAUCAUACAACUCUAUAUGUACUCAUAAUAGCACAUAAUAAUUAUAAUAUUGCUUUAUUUUAGAUCCCACAACGUUAAAUUAGUUUAGUAUUUAUACUCAUGUAAUAUUUUUACGACUGUACUUACAUUAAUGAUUAUACUAUUUACUUUUUGUUUGUUACAUUUUUGCGACAAGUUUUACAGUUUCGGAGUAGAACUGUUAUGUGUAAUUACUAUAAAUUUGAACACUAGUCAGAAUUAAAUAAAAUAAAUGAAA